AUGUGUGCAAAGGUGCCGUGCAAAAUCUCCUACCACGCAGACCCCGGCGAAGACAUCACCUUCAGGUGGGAGCCAGCACUCUACGGGCCAAAGUUCACUGUUUCGGCGGUUGCACCUGGUGGUGCAGCAAGCGAUGCGAAUCUGAAGGUUGGGGCAGAAUUGGUUGACAGCCCUCUGGACACGAAUAGGCUGCUCUUUGGGAGCCACGGUUUGAGCUUGCGCACAGCGGCCAACUUGUGUCGUACCGCGCUAACAUAUCCUCUAACCCUUACUUUCGAAGGCCCACAGCUGGGCAUGACUUCCAAGCAGUUUGAGCUCGUUUGCAGAAAGGACCUCGACGUUCCCCUUGUAGCAAUUUCGUCUGACAGAAGGGUACAGAAUGCCAAGUUCGUCAUUAACUCCUUCAAACGUGCGUUUCAUACCAAAGGGGUUCACUCCACCUUGGAUUGUCCGACUUUUGAAGAUGGCCUUUGCUUCUGUGGAGUACAUGAGCUGUACGAGGCCCUGAUUGAUGAGCUGGACAAGACCUUCAAGACAAAGUUCUCAACAUACGACAGACGAUGGAUGGACAUCAAGAAAAUGAAGCUCUUGCAGCACCAUCGGAAUGCAUUUAAGUUGGGAUCACUGAACACAGCGGUCGUGGUUGACGUAGAGGAGUCUUCAGUCGCAUCGGAAGCGAGGACAGCAUUGGUUUUGAAACCUCGAGAGGACGAAGUCCAGUUGUUGUUUCAGAGUUACCUAACAGACCAGGUGUCGACACUAACGCCUGAGAAGCAGCGAGCCGUGCUUCUGGCUGAGCGGAUAGCCGAAGAAAUGGACAAGGAUCGCCGGACGAAAACCAAAGCAACGGACCCCCGGGCAGCUUGGCUGGGCGAUCGGCUCAACGAUUCUUAUUUAGCUGUUCAUGGCUACGAACACGGACUGUCGCCUCAUCAGCUGGACCAGGUCCGCCAGAAGAAGCUGUCGGCUCAAGGCUUGUCGGGGGGCCUCGGCCGUGACGUUGCAGAGAACGUGGAAUCGCAAGUGGGCUUUGCUGCGGAGCCUCAUCUGCAAGAAUUAGCACGACUCUUGCAAUCGGCGCUGGGAGCUGUGCGCGUGCCACCAGGAAACGAGACCAUCUUGGAAAGCCUCCAGGAAGCAAUUGCACAUGCCAGUGGCCGUGAAAAGCACCAAGGGAACCCUGCGAACCCUGCUCUCCCCCCUGUUCGGCUUGUUCCGAACCCGAAGCACGCUGCGCAAAGAGCCUCCGAGAAUGCCCGCCGCCAG